AUGGUUGAUCGGAAACAAGCAAAGACGCUAAACACGCUCGCUGCCAACGUAACAAAGCAGAACGAAUUGCAUAUUUCGGAUUUUUAUUACGCCGUUCAGAUAAGCGUUUGUCUACUGAAACCAUUUGGUGCUUGGCCGCUGGCCAAUGAUGAAACGUCAAGAUUCAAGAUCGUCCUGCACAGGGCAUCGAUGGUGAUCGCCACGUUCCUCUUGAUCUUCAUCAUAGUGCCGAUGAUGUUACACAUGAUGAAAGAAAAGGACGUCUUCCUAAUAAUUCAUUUAAUGUGUGAGUUACUCUUCACUCUAAUGGCUUUCGCGAAAUAUGUUUUGCUGCUCUGGCAUCAGGAUCGGCUCAGGUUCUGCAUUGAUCACGUAGCCGAUGACUGGCGGUACGCGAUAAUUACCGAGGAUCGCGAUAUCAUGUUGGCGAACGCUAGAGUCGGUCGCACCUUUGGUAUCACUUCCGUGGUUUUUAUGUUCAGCUGCGGCACUCUGUACUACUUACAACCUAUAGUCACACCGAACUUAGUCAAUGAAGACAACGUUACAGUAAGAUUGCAUCCAUCGGUCUGCGAGUUUCUUGUGUUUGAUUCUAAGGUUAGUCCUGUAUACGAGAUCGUGUACUUUUUACAACUUUUGUCCGGUUUCACUGCCUACGGUGCAUUUUGCGGUAUUUGCAGCUUGAUGGCUAAUUUUGUUGCACAUGUAUGCGGUCAGUGUGACGUGUUAAUGUCACUUUUAGAGGAGCUGGUAGACGGUGGUAAACGCAAUAGCGGGUCCAUCGAUGAUCGAAUUGCUAUUGUAAUAACCCGACAUUUGCAUCUACUAAGGAUGAUUCCUAAUGAAUAUCAAGAGACAGACGUGAAAUACGUUUUCGAACAAAGUCACGUUGUACUUCGCAUGCUCGGGAUUUGGCCGUCGAUUGACAGACAGCCAAACAUAAUCGAGAAGAUUAUAAAUAUUUUUCUCAUAAUCGUUUGUUAUCUGCUCCUCCAUUGCGACAUGGUACCGGGUAUUAUUUAUUAUGCAGUUGUCGAUGAUGAGCCGAGUGAGAAAAUAAAAAUGAUGCCACCGAUUCUGUACUCAGUCAUGGCGAUCGCCAAAUACAGUACUUUACUUGUCCAUGAAUACGAUAUUAGAAGUUGCCUGCGGCACAUCAAGGAAGACUGGGGAACAGUAGUCGUCGAUGAUGCGCGAGAAGUGAUGCUAAGCAAAGCUAGUAAUGGAAGACGAUUGUUCACGUUGUGCUGCACGUUUAUGUAUUGCGGUGGAUUGUCUUACAAUACGAUAGUGCCGCUGUCCAAAGGAAGUAUUGUUAUCGAUGAGAAUACCACGAUUAGACCCUUCUCCUGCCCCGGUUAUUAUGUUUUCUUCGAUCCGCAGAAUAGUCCUGCCUACGAAAUCGUGUUUCUUCAGCAAGUCCUUUGCGGUUUUGUCAUGUACACGAUCACGGUGGCGAUUUGCGGUCUCGCCGCUGUCUUCGUGAUGCAUGCGUGCGCGCAGAUGGAGAUCCUCAUGCGACAGAUGGAGAACUUCGUCGAUGAGAGCGAAUUUGGACAACGUAAUAUUGGCGCAAAGCUAGCAGUUAUAGUUGAACAUCAAAUAAGAAUACAAAAUUUCUUGCAACUGGUGGAGAAUGUUUUGCGCUACAGUAGUUUAGUCGAAAUAGUGGGGUGCACCACAAUGAUAUGUCUUACCGGAUAUUGCAUAAUAGGGGAAUGGGAUAAUAGAAAUUUACCGGCCUUCUGUACGUACGUAACAGCUCUUACGUCUGUCAUUAUUAACAUUUUUAUUUUAUGUUAUAUCGGAGAGUAUAUAACGGCGCAGACCGAAGAAGUGGGCUUGAUUACUUGCACGCUCGACUGGUACCGUCUUCCGACAAACGUGGCGCGAGAUAUGAUAUUAGUGAUAAUCUCUUCGAAUAUUUCACCACGAAUUACUGCUGGAAAAUUCAUCGAACUAUCCUUCAAAACAUUCGGUGAUGUAAUUAAAUCGGCUGUAAUUUAUCUUAACAUACUUCGACAACUUACCGAAUAA